CCCUCCGAACAAACAUCUAGCAUCUCGCUGCCCCAAGUGCUCCACCGACUCACCCUGAUCUGCACGACCUCACCCGCACAAGUCAGUCCUCCAAGCCAAGCAUGGCCGUCAUGACAACUCGGCGGACUGGCAGGCCGCCGUUCGUGGCCAUGGUGCUGGCUCUGGCUUUGAGCUGCGCUUACAUGCUGAGUCACCUUUGCGUCGCUGCCAUGGGUGUGGUGGGCAUCGACUACGGCACAGAGUCCAUCAAGAUCAGUUUGGUCAAGCCCGGCGUUCCGUUCGACGUUGUCCUUAGUCGAGACAGCAAGCGAAAGCUUCCUGCAGCUGUCGCUUGGAAGAAGCAAGAACGACUUUUCGGAACAGACGCUUCGAAUUUGGCUACCCGAUUUCCAGGCGACACUUUCAUCAACGCUAAGCUCUUGCUGGGUCGGACCUUUGAUGAUGCCGACGUGAAUGCGCGCGCCAAAUAUCAAAGCUUGUUGGGCACCAAGUUGAUUCCGACCACACGCGAUACUUGUGCUGUCCAGCGAGCCACCGACUACACCAACGAUGCUAGUGGUCCCGAUACGUACGCGGUAGAGGAGCUGGUGGCGGCACAAUUCAGCCACGCGCGAGAAUUGGCCGAAGAGGCAGCUGGAGAGGAGUUCAGGAGAAGCUAUCCAGGCACUGUCGGAAGCUUUGGCGGGCUAGAUGUCGUCAUCACCGUACCAGUCUACUGGACAGCAGCUGAACGUCACGCCAUCGUCGACGCUGCGAGAAUCGCAGGCUUUGAGCCUCGGCUCGUGAGCGAUGGUGCUGCUGUCGGCGUGAACUAUGCGCAGACACGCACCUUUCCCAAGAGCGAAAAGCACUUGUUCUAUGACGCUGGAGCUGGAUCUGCUCGUGCAACGAUCGUGGAGUUCAGCACUAGACUCGUGCAAGCCGACAGUAUCUUGUCCAUCGGUAGCACACAGAAGGAGGCUGUCAUUGUCGACGUCUUGUCCGCUGGUUGGGACCGCCAAGCGUCUGGUGUUGCGGUCGACACGCUCAUUCGAGAUGCGCUUGCUGACAAAUUCGAGGAGACGCAUGGCAAUCGCCUCGAGAAGCCUCUGCGCUCCCAACCCAGGGCACUGGCUCGGCUUUUGAAGGAAGCCAAUCGGGUCAAGCAUGUGCUGAGCGCCAAUGUAGAGGCUAGCGUCAACGUAGAAGGUUUGGCAGAGGAGAUUGACUUUAGAAGCAGGUUCAGCAGAGAGGAGCUGGAGAGAUUGGUGGAAGCUGCAGGCUUGACACACCUCUUUGCCAGUCCUGUGCAAGAUGCCCUGAAGUCCGCAAAGCUUAGAAUCAGCGACUUGGACAGCAUCGUCUUGGUAGGCGGAAUGUCGCGAGUGCCUUUCGUACAGGCCGCCCUUCGUGCCGCUGGUAUUCCGGACUCGAAGAUCGCCCAAAACGUGAAUGCAGAUGAGGCAGCUGUCAUGGGUGCGGCGUUCUAUGGUGCAACCUUCAACCCGCAAUUCCGCAUGAAAGCAAUUCGCGCAUUCGACGGCAACGUCUACCCUGUAGUGCUGCGCGAGUCGAACGGCAAGGAAGAGAUCAUCUACCCUUCGGGCAGCUUCGAGAAGACGGAGCAUGUCAGACACUAUAGUGGCAAAGAGGCAGCAUCUGACUUUAGUCUCGACAUCAAGUACGACCGAUCCGUCACCCCAAAGCUCGACUCUUUCGAUGCAGACCUCUACCGCUUCGAGGUGGUGGAGACGGACAAUUACCUGGCCGGUCUGAAGGAACGAGGUGAACUUGACCAAGUCGACCUGAAUCUGAACCUCACGAUCAUCAGCGAGCCUUUGGGCACCUACAGCAUUGGUGCGGUUUGGCUCAACGUCACACAGAAGCCCGGCGGUAUUGCUGGAGCUUUAAAGUCGUUCUUCAACGUUGGCGCAAAUGCGGUGGACGAGGAAGAGGAAGACGGUGCGUUGGAUACCAACAGUACGACCGCCGAUGAUGCUGCUGCGAACAAUUCGUCCGCACCUGCCAAGACCAAAAAAUCAAAAAAAGCGCUUCCGACCAACAGAGCGAUUCGCCUGGUCGGUCGCGCCGUUCCGCUGGGAAGCAUCAGACCGUAUUCGGGAACGGACUUGGGCAACGCAAAGGACAGACUGUACGUCGCCAAUACCGAGGCGAAGAGCAGAGUCGCUCGUGAGGAAGCUCGCAACGUUUUGGAAGCCUCCAUCUACCGUGCUCGUGACAUUGUGCACGACGAAGGCUUCAGCGUGGCGAGCAAACCCAAGGAGCGCGAGGCAAUUUCGAAAAAGGCCGAUGAGCUUGCCGAAUGGCUCGCCUCUCGGGACGGAGAAGUCGCUGAUCUGCCCAAGCUCAAAACACGCCAAUCGCAGCUCGACAACUUGAUCAAGCCAAUCGAGAAGCGUAUCAGCGAGCAGAGAGGUCGGUCAGCUGCAAUCACCCGCCUCACGUCGGCAAUGCAAGACACGCAUGCUUUCGUCUCGGCAGCUCGCCAGAAUCUCACGGAAGCUCUGGCAGCGGGCCAAGGUAGCAAGUACACGGUCGCUGAUCUGGACACGCUCGAAGCGCAGCUCAAGAAGGAUGAGAAGUGGUACAAGGAUGGAGAGACGAAGCAAGCCAAGUUGAGCUUGGAAGACGACCCCGUACUUAAGAUUGCGGAUCUGGAAAAGCGCGCAAAGAAGCUCAGGGAUACAAUCAAGCGCUUGUCCACGCGUCGCAUUCCAAAGACUAGACCGCCCAAAAAAUCUUCGGCUGCACCGCCUCCAUCAGAACCAUCUGCAAGCCCUGGAGCAGAGAGCGAGCAGAUGUUUCCUCCCAGCCAGCAAGAGCCCGCGUCCGAGCCCGAGCCCGAGCCCGAGCAACCAGAACAACCUCACCCUACUCAGAAGCACACGGAGCUAUAGAUGGCAGGCUUCGUCAAAAGGAUGCUCACUUCAGAGACUCUGGCGCAAAAGGGAAUGCGAUGCUCCGUAGACGUGGAAUUUGUGUCGAUGACAU